AUGGCACGCCCAGAAAGUCGACCCUCGUCAUACCAGGAAGGAAACGAAAGCUUAUUGAUGUCGAACCUCAGCCGCCCAGCCGGCCCAGCCGACAAUGGCUUUAUGCUGCCUACACACAAUGAGGAGAAAGGUCGAGACCCGCACCGGAGAUUUUUUCGAGUUCACACUGCUGGGCAGAGUGGGCGCAAUGGCAUCCAUCCCCUUCUGUUCCUGCAGGUGUGCUUCAGGAGCACUUGCACCCUGUCAAUGAUAGUCAAUAUCUUGUGGCCGUUUGUUCCUGCUGCCGUCGCUAUUCACUUCGCUCGACCAGACCUCCACGUUUGGGUGUUUGCCCUCAAUUAUAUCGCAAUGGUGCCAUCUGCAAAUUUACUUGGCUUUGCUGGCGGCGAGCUUGCUAAGAAGCUGCCGAAGGUAUUUGGCGUCCUCUUAGAAACGACCCUCAGCUCGGUUGUUGAGAUUGUGCUCUUCAUGGUGCUGAUCCACAACGACCAAAAUGGUAGCUUGAUCCCCGUCAUCCAGGCUGCCAUUCUGGGAUCGAUAUUAGCGAAUCUUCUCCUUUGCUUGGGUCUAUGCUUCUUCUUCGGUGGACUCGGCCGCGAGGACCAGGUCUUCCACGAGGCUGUUAGUGAAGUCGGCUCUGGUUUGUUGCUGGUUGCAGGCUUCGGCCUGCUGAUCCCCAGCGCCUUCUACGCGGCUCUUAAUAGUAGCAGCUCGAAUACAACAGCUACACUUGAAGAGAUUACUCGUUCCGCCUUGAAAAUCAGCCGUGCUACCGCCAUUAUUUUGCUCGCUGCCUUUCUCAUGUAUCUGUUUUACAACCUUCACAGCCACCACACGAUAUUCGAUGAAAUCCUCGAAAUAGACGAGAAUCGAGACGAGGAUCGUGAAAAGGAGAAGAAGCGGGCUAAGCUUACACUUACUGAGUGUCUGAUCGCUAUUGCUAUAUCCCUUACCUUUGUCUGUAUGUCAGCCGUGUUCCUGGUCCACGAAAUUGAGCAUAUUGUCCACGAACAAGGCGUGUCCGAUAACUUUAUGGGUCUUAUCCUCGUUCCUGUGGUUGAAAAGGCUGCAGAGCACUUGACAGCGAUUGACGAAGCUUGGGACAACCAAAUCAACUUCGCCUUGUUCCACUGCCUUGCGCCGUCAAUCCAAACUGCUUUGCUUAAUGCACCUCUUGCAGUCAUUGUCGGCUGGUGUUUAUCGAAGGAUGUCAGUUUGAACUUUGAGAUCUUCAUGAUCGUGGUCGUCGUGCUGUCAAUCCUCGUGGUGGGAAACUUUCUCCGAGACGGCAGGUCAAAUUACCUUGAAGGUGGUCUUUGCGUUUUGAUAUACAUCAUCAUUGCAGUUACCACAUGGUAUUACCCACAGGUCGGGGGCCACGGGGCUGAAACUGGCGCUGAAGCCGAAGUGGCAGCAGCUCAUCGGCUAUAG